UGCCAGGCAUCAAUCUCCUUGCUCAAGGAGUGGGGUCCAGGUCUGGGUCUCCAUUUCUGCUGGGUGUUUCUGGGGAGGGAGACCCCUGGGAUUUUUUUGCACGGUGAGAAUUGAAGGCGCGCUGAUAUUCCGGAGGGGGAGGAAUUCCCACAAGCGCCUUGCAGAAAGCCUCCUGUGCGGCGUGGCCAUGCGCUGGCCCCAGGGCUCCCUAGACCCACAAGGGGUUAACAGCGAGCCGGGCUUGGGUCCAGGCCUCCUGACUUCUGGUCUAGUGUCUGCUGAACCAUGCCAAUUUAGAAUCCCCAAGAACGGAAAAACAGGCCUGCGGGAAAGUAGGAAAGUAGGAUUACUGCACCGGCCUGGAUGUUUUCCUGAAUUCCAGCUUCUUGGAUCCAAGCCCUGGCUACAUAUCUUAUUAGCAGUUACUCAGGUGGCGCAGCGGGAGGCAGGAUGCUCUGGGGGCUGUCUCUGUGGGCUCUCUGUGCAUGGGCCGGGGCUUUCGCUGGUGAGCAGGACGAGGACACUGUCUUUGACCUUUUCAGCAUCAGCAACAUAAACCGGAAGACCAUCGGUGCCAAGCAGUUCCGAGGGCCCGACCCCGGGGGGCCUGCCUACCGCUUCGUGCGGUUCGACUAUAUCCCCCCAGUGAACGCAGCCGAGCUGGACAGGAUCAUCGGGGCCAUGCGGCGGAAGGACGGCUUCUUCCUUACUGCCCAGCUGAAGCAGGACCGAAGGUCCCGGGGCACACUGCUGGCCCUGGAGGGUCCGGGUGCUUCCCAGAGGCAGUUUGAGAUUGUCUCCAAUGGCCCAGCUGACACCCUGGACCUCACCUACUGGGUGGAGGACACCGAGCACGUGGUUUCCCUGGAGGAUGUGGGCCUGGCUGACUCCCAAUGGAAGAAUAUCACUGUGCAGGUGGCCAGUGAGACCUACAGUCUGUAUGUAGGCUGUGACCUCAUGGACAGCUUCUCCCUGGACGAGCCCUUCUAUGAACAGCUGGAGGCAGAGCGGAGCAGGAUGUAUGUGGCCAAAGGCGCUUCCCGGGAGAGUCACUUCAGGGGUUUGCUGCAGAACGUGCACUUGGUGUUUGAGAAUUCUGUAGAAGAUGUUCUCAGGAGGAAAGGCUGUCAGCAAGGCCAGGGAGCCGAAGUCAAUGCCAUCAGCGAGCACACGGAGACCUUGCAUCUGAGUCCUCACAUCACCACGGAGCUGGUGGGUCACGGAGUGGAUCAGAGGCCGGAGGUGUGUGAGCACUCCUGCGAGGAGCUGGCCAACAUGAUGCGCGAGCUGUCUGGGUUGCACGUCUUGGUGCGCCAACUUGAUGACAACCUGAGGAAAGUGUCCAGUGAUAACCAGUUUCUCUGGGAGCUCAUUGGUGGCCCACCCAAGACAAAGAACAUGUCAGCCUGCUGGCAGGAUGGUCGAUUCUUUGCAGAAAAUGAAACCUGGGUGGUGGACAGUUGCACCACAUGCACCUGCAAGAAAUUCAAAACUAUUUGCCACCAAAUCUCUUGCCCACCAGUAACGUGUGCCCACCCAUCCUUUGCGGAAGGCCAGUGCUGCCCUACCUGCUCUCACGAGGUGGACAGCGAGGAAGGCUGGUCUCCGUGGUCAGAGUGGACUGAGUGCUCCGUGACAUGUGGCUCUGGAACCCAGCAGAGAGGCCGGUCAUGUGAUGUCACCAGCAACACCUGCCUCGGGCCCUCCAUCCAGACUCGGACUUGUAGCCUAGGCAAAUGCGACCCACGCAUACGGCAGAACGGUGGCUGGAGCCAUUGGUCACCCUGGUCUUCGUGCUCAGUGACCUGUGGAAUCGGCAACAUCACACGCAUUCGCCUCUGCAACUCCCCAGUGCCCCAGAUGGGGGGCAAGAACUGCAAAGGCAGUGGCCGGGAGACCAAGACCUGCGAGGGUCCACCCUGCCCAAUCGAUGGCCGCUGGAGCCCCUGGUCCCCAUGGUCGACCUGCACAGUCACCUGCGGUGGAGGAAUCCGUGAGCGCACGCGGGCCUGCAACAAUCCCGAGCCACAGCAUGGGGGAAAGGACUGCGUGGGGGAUGUGAAGGAGUACCACAUGUGCAACAGGAGGAGCUGCCCCAUAGAUGGGUGCUUGUCCAACCCCUGCUUCCCUGGGGCCGCGUGUAACAGCUUCCCGGAUGGAUCCUGGUCCUGCGGCUCCUGCCCAGUGGGGUUCGUGGGCAAUGGGACUCACUGUGAAGACCUGGACGAGUGUGCUGUGGUGGCAGACAUCUGCUUCUCUACCAACAAAGCUUCCCGCUGCAUCAACACCCAGCCUGGCUUCCACUGCCUGCCCUGCCCACCACGCUACAAGGGCACCCAGCCCUUUGCAGUAGGCCUGGAGGCUGCCAAGACAGAAAAGCAGGUGUGCGAGCCUGAAAACCCUUGUAAGGACAAGACACACAACUGCCACCGGCAUGCGGAGUGCAUCUACCUGGGCCACUUCAGCGACCCCAUGUACAAGUGCGAGUGCCAGAUAGGCUAUGCAGGCGAUGGGCUUAUCUGCGGGGAGGACUCGGACCUGGACGGCUGGCCCAACAGCAACCUGGUCUGUGCCACCAAUGCUACCUACCACUGCAUCAAGGACAACUGCCCGCAGCUCCCCAAUUCUGGCCAGGAAGAUUUUGACAAGGAUGGAGUUGGAGAUGCCUGUGACGAGGAUGAUGACAAUGAUGGAGUGAGGGAUGAGAAGGACAAUUGCCAGCUGCUGUUCAACCCCCGGCAGUCUGAUUAUGACAAGGAUGAGGUUGGGGACCGCUGUGACAACUGCCCCUAUGUGCACAACCCUGCUCAGAUUGAUACAGACAGCAACGGCGAGGGAGAUGCCUGCUCCGUGGACAUUGAUGGCGAUGACGUCUUCAAUGAAAGAGACAACUGUCCCUACGUCUACAAUACUGACCAGAGAGACACGGAUGGCGAUGGUGUGGGUGACCACUGUGACAACUGCCCCCUGAUGCACAAUCCUGAUCAGACGGACCUGGACAAUGACCUUGUGGGAGACCAGUGUGAUAACAAUGAAGACAUAGAUGAUGAUGGCCACCAGAACAACCAAGACAACUGCCCCUACAUUUCCAACGCCAACCAAGCGGACCAUGACAAUGACGGCAAGGGUGAUGCCUGUGACCCUGAUGAUGACAAUGACGGGAUUCCAGAUGACAGGGACAACUGCCGGCUGGUAUCCAACCCUGACCAGGAGGACUCAGAUGGUGAUGGGCGGGGUGAUAUUUGUAAAGAAGACUUUGAUAAUGACAAUGUACCAGACAUCGAUGAUGUGUGCCCUGAAAACAAUGCCAUCAGUGAGACUGACUUCAGGAACUUCCAGAUGGUUCCCUUGGACCCCAAAGGGACCACCCAGAUCGAUCCCAAUUGGGUCAUCCGUCACCAAGGCAAGGAGCUGGUUCAGACAGCAAACUCAGAUCCUGGCAUCGCUGUAGGUUUUGACGAGUUUGGGUCGGUGGACUUCAGUGGCACAUUCUACGUGAACACAGACCGGGAUGAUGACUAUGCAGGCUUCGUCUUUGGAUACCAGUCCAGCAGCCGAUUCUAUGUGGUGAUGUGGAAGCAGGUGACCCAGACCUACUGGGAGGACCAGCCCAGCCGGGCCUAUGGCUACUCAGGGGUGUCGCUCAAGGUGGUCAACUCCACGACGGGCACUGGAGAGCACCUGCGGAACGCACUGUGGCACACGGGGAACACGGAGGGGCAGGUGAGGACGUUGUGGCAUGAUCCCAAAAACAUUGGCUGGAAGGAUUACACUGCCUACCGGUGGCAUCUGAUUCACAGACCUAAGACGGGGUACAUGAGAGUCUUGGUGUAUGAAGGGAAGCAGGUCAUGGCUGACUCGGGACCAAUCUAUGACCAAACCUACUCUGGCGGGAGACUGGGUCUGUUUGUCUUCUCUCAAGAAAUGGUCUACUUCUCGGACCUCAAGUACGAGUGCAGAGAUGUCUAGAUAAGCCGUGCUGGAUUUCCAGAAAUGUGCUACAAAGGCUGUUACUUAGACAUCUCAGUGCACCCCGGUACUUGUAGAUUUUCUCUCUUUUGUGGCACUCAGUGCUCCUUGACCUUGAUUUUGAGUGGUUCUUCAGCUCCUUCAUCAGUCCCAAGUCCAAGUGCCUUCAGAUGACAACCAUGAUUGGAACCCAGAGAUGCACAUCUAACCUUCUACUGGAAAAGUUUGAUGACAGAGGAGAUUUUGUGUGGAGUGAAAAUUGGGCAUGACAUUGCAUUCCUUUUGCUUGUUUGUUUAAAAAGAAUGAUGUUUACAUGUGAAAUGUAAUUACUUAUUGUAUUUAUAUGUAUAUGAAGUUGAAGGGAAUAUUGUGCAUAAGCCAUUAUUAUAAAUUAAGCAUGGAAACUAUUGCUCAGCUAUUUUCAGUGCUUAAUGUUUUCACUAUUCUUGGAUUAGUGCUGUUUCACAUAACACACACGUCCUUCAGGUCAACCAUAAGGAAGGGUCAAGCAGAGCUUGAAGCAAUGCCACAGCAAGGACAGGAUUAGGAAAUAACUGUCACGUGAUUCUGUGGCCCAAUACGGGAUGCUGGGAAAUACAGAUCGACUCAAUGGAGCAGAGAAAGUAGUUAGAGAAUUAAGCCAAUUUCUUCCCCUUUCUCCUCCUGUCCCACAAUAGGAGCCUCAUGUUUGACAGAGAUGGAGCUCUAUCAAAGAGAAGGUCCCUGCACAGAGGAGCUCUCGUGACCCCACUGCAGGCUUGGCACAGCCAUGGAGGGAAAGGCAAGCAGAGUGACAAGGGUCAUGUCAGCCAGCUGCUCCUGCUGAGUGGGCUGUGAGCUUUCUCUCCCGGCCAGUGGUCCUCUGGCUCUGCAGCCUGACCACAGGGAUGUUUGCUUGGGGCUUCUUUCUUGAUCUCAGUUCCUGCAGAGCAGCUGACCUGAUAAACAAGACAGCUGUGCAUGCUGGCAUCUUGUUCCUGUUCUAGGCUUUGGAAGCUAUGGAAAAGUUUGCUUUUACUUAAUGUAGGAACACAUUUCUCUGAGGUUCGAGUUAUGUGUUUUGUUAAUAUUUAUUAAAAAGACCAGAGAAUGCAGCUCCACUCACCAAUAACUUAUUUUAAACAUGCUAAGUAACACAUAUGUAGUGUAAUUUCUAGAAAUAAACAUGUAACAAGGAUAUAAUAAUAUGAAGAUACAGUUACCACAAAGCAUCUGCCUGUUGAAACGCAAGGCUUUAUAAUACUAUGUUGUCACGAUAAAGCCUGCUGUAAGAUGUAAUAGGCCAAAUAAAUAAUAUUGACGACUUCAUAAUGAAACCUUAAUAUAUUCUGUUGCUAGUGAUUUUAGUACAGUUUUUUCCCACUAUUAUCUAUCUGAUGUACAUAGUUUUUAAAAUUUGAAUGCUGAAGAAUAAUCUUGUCAGCACACCCAAUAACCAAUCACAGGAACAGACACAAGUCUGAUUCAAGUCUGAUUUUGAGCUUCUCUGUCUGCAGUUUUUAUUUUGUCCUACUGCACGUGAGGGGUUAGUGGAAGCUUGUCUUGUCUGUCUGACAUGGGACCAAUCUCUCUUCUCUCUCAUAAUUGUGCUACAUUUCUAGGUCAAAUAGAACCCAUAACUUUUGUCUUAACUUCCAGAGUAUUUCAUUUUGAUAAAAUUAUUUUUUGCUUCCUUUGAGGUUGGUACUCUUGGUUUGCUUCACUUCUCAUUUUUGUGGAACUGUAUUCCCAUAGCCAGCAAAGGGUUGGGAGACUUCAUUAAAUGUGACAAUUGUGAAGAGUGCGUAGGCCUCUGUCUUGGGGGCGUUUGGUCCAACAGUACCAUGGGGGUGAUGAUGUGAAUACUUAGAAUGUACCAUAGUUUUUUUUUUUGUAAAUUAUUUGUUUUUUUUUAAACAAGUUUCUCAUUUAGCGUAAUGAAGCUUUGUUUUGCCAAAGAUUGUAAAUAUUUAUUUAUUUGUUCACAUGGUCAAAAUUUCACCACUGAGACCCUGAAUUUAGCUAGAACCUCAUUUUUAUACUUUGAAGAUUAAUACAGGAAAUAAAUUAUAAAAAGGUUUUCUAUAAAUGAA